UGAUAACACAAAGCAUAUAGUCGGCGAAGUGCGCACGCGUCGGUAGCAUAGUGAUAUGGUAAAGGUUUUUGUGAUGAAUGAUACGUAGUGAAAAUUGUCAUAAUUAUUUCAAUACGAUUCAGCGUUUGUUACUUUUAAAAUUAAAACCUGCUGCGACCCGUGGCAAUGCUCACAGGAGACCGGUGAUUGCUGCACCAUAUCACUUACACCACUAAGAUGGAGAAGGCCAAACCCACCGCGCCGCCCAUCCGGGACGUGGACACUUACAGCUCCAAAGUGGAGUUAGCGUACAAUGGCUCAAGAGAGGAUCUGGACCCAUACGUGCCAGCCGACCACAGACCGUUAGAAUCUAACACAUCGAGUUUCGGAGCCUUAGCCCACCUGCUGAAAGCCUCUUUGGGGUCGGGAGUGCUGGCGAUGCCCCUGGCCUUCAGAAAUGCUGGAUGGCUGGUCGGCAGCAUUGGGACUGUCCUCAUCGGCUUUAUAUGUGGACAUGUCAUACAUAUCUUAGUAAAAACAUCACAACAACUGUGCAUUGAGAUCAAGCGACCGUGUUUAGGAUACGCGGACACCUGCGAAAUAGUCUUCCAGAACGGACCCAAACCAGUGAGGAAAUUCGCCAAAUUUGCUAGAGAGUUAGCAGAUUGGGCUUUGGCGCUAACUCACAUGGGAGCCUGCUGUGUGUACGUUGUCGUCAUUGCUGAAUCAUUCAGACAGAUUUCCAACCAAUACGGCGGUCCAUCAUGGUCGGUGAACAUCUUCUGCGCCCUGACCCUGGUGGUCCUCGUGCCACUCACCCAAAUCACCAAGCUGAAGUACCUGGUGCCUUUCUCGGCCCUCGCCAACUUCGUGUGGUUGGGGUCCAUAAUGAUAUCCAUCUAUUACUGCCUGAGAGACCCCCCGAGUAUUUCGGAAAGAAGCAUAGCCAACUCUAUUACUGGGAUCCCUAAUUUUAUAAGCACCUGUCUUUUCGCAAUGGAGGGUAUCGGCGUGGUGAUGCCAGUGGAGAACGAGAUGAUCAAACCGCAGCAGUUCCUGGGCUGUCCAGGGGUGCUCAACAUUGCAAUGACCACGGUCGUGGCGUUGUAUGGCUUUGUUGGCUUCUCGGGCUACUUGAAGUAUGGAGAGGAGGCAAGGGGGAGUUUGACACUCAACUUACCGCAGGAUGAAAUUCUGGCCCAAGUCGCCAAGAUACUGGUGGCUUGCGUCAUGAUGCUGUCAUUCGCUCUAAUAUACUACGUCCCAUUUGAUGUGGUUUGGCGGAAAGUACAGGACAAGAUUCCAGCGAGAGGACACAGGGUGGCUAUCGCCGGGAUAAGACUGGCUGGAACUCUUCUUAUUGUCGGCAUCGCAUGCGCAAUACCCAGACUAGAACUCUUCAUGGAAUUGGUCGGUGCUGUAUGCCUCUCAAUCCUGGGCCUGCUGCUCCCAGCUGUCACUGAGACCAUCUGGAGAUGGGGCAAGGACCUGGGACCAUGCAACUGGAUAGUGUUCAAGAAUGCCUUACUUAGCAUAUUCUCGCUGGUAGCGAUGGUAUCAGGGGUUGCGUACUCCAUUAUUGCAAUGCUUGAGAACUUGUGAUAGAUAACUUGUGAUCGUUGUACAUAAUUUGUGUAAGUUAAUUAUAUUUGUGUUA